UAUGAACAUCUCAAUAACAUUUAAUCAAAUCCUAAAGGCCCUAGAUGAUUGAUUUAAACAAUGUACUAACUACUAACCCUGGGUUAUCAAUAUUCCCAUGGCCGCCUCUACUCCCUCCACUUCCAUAAACACGUCAUCACCUCCCCCUGAACUCUGCCAAACGCUCUGCCACGCAUGAAAAGGAGCCUCCCGAUUAGCAGCAGGCUGACCCAUGGGCGGGUUAUUUAUUUAUUUAUUUUUUUGAUCAAAUUUGUUAUUUAUUUUAUUAAUUUAUUUUUAUACUAUAAUUUGACAAAACGAUGCCGUAUUUGAAGCGUUCACUGUGCUGGUCGCUGGAGAAGAAAUCGGAAUCAAGAGUAUUGUGAAUACGACGACGAUGACGACGCAGGAGCUGGCGAUGGAAGGGAAGAAGCAUUUGGAAGAAACUAUCGAGUCUGCUUUUCAGAUCAUUUCCGCUAUGAAUGAUGAGCUUUGCAAUCCUUCUUUGUGGUCUACACCAGCCACCGCGAGUUCUAACGGGACGGCUAUCGUUACCGGCGACGCGGCUGCGAUUGACGGAGCACCGCAUCAUUCGGAGUCUGGUUGUGGAGGAUGUGGGAAUAGUGCUCUGGAUGAAGCUAGUGUUCGGUAUAAGAACUCCGUGACUUCUCUUCGUGCUGUUCUUGUUGCGAUUCCGAAUUCGAAGAAGGCAAAAGCAUCUGUUAUGGAAAACGGUUUAGAAACUCCUGAAAGUGUAGAAGAAAUCGAAAAGUUAGAGGAGCAAGCCUUAAGUCUCAGACAGGAGAUUGCAAAGAAGAAUGUUCAUGUAAAAGAACUUAUCGACAAGUUUCGAGAACUUAUAGCAGAUAUCUCCACAUGGCAAAGCCCUUGUUCUGUUUGAGUUUUUUUUUCUCUCUUAUUUGACAAUGGUGUGAGCAGUUAGGACAAGGUGCUAAGCCUUUGUUCUUGAACUCCUCACUUGAAACAUGAAUUUGUAUAUAUAAAUAUUUCAGACAAAAUCUUCAAACCUCUGUUUUCGGUUGCA